CGCCAUGAUGCAAGGCUCGAGCGUGACCUGCAACGACACCUGCUGCUCGUGGGCGGGCGGCUCGGACAACACCUUCUGCUUCAGCGACAGGGACUUCCCAGAGGACCUCGCGACGACUCCUGCGUGGGAGCUUGGCGUCCGCUACGGCGCCGCGACCUUCCUCUGCGUGACCGGCGUGUUGGGGAACCUCUGCAUCCUCGUGAUCCUCCUGAAGAACCGCCUCCUCCUCAGGACGUCCGUCAACCUCUUCAUCCUCAACAUGUCUGUGGCGGACCUGGUGACGGCGGCGGCGGGGCCUUUGCCCUACACGGCGAGGGACACGCAGCAGUUCUGGACGCUGGGGGAGACCUGGUGCUUUCCUGGAGGCUUUCUUCAGAUGAUGGUGUUGAUGGUGAGCGUGCUGAGUCUGGCCACCAUCAGCUGCGACCGUAUGGUGGGUGUGGUGUACCCUUUCCACCGCCACCUCCGGGCAUGGCAAUCCUUCAUCGUUAUCGGGCUUAUCUGGGUGGUAUCGGCUGGUAUUGCAGUUCCCUUUGGCCUCUACAGAGAGUAUGCGGUACACAAGUGGCGUGACGUAACCGAACGCACUUGCGAGGAAGCGGAGGAGAUGCAGGUGUGGUGGCUCGUGAGCAUCGUCGCUCUCACGUGGCUCCCUCUGGCUGUCAUGCUGGCUUGCUAUACGCUCAUCUUCAUCAAUUUCAACAAGUAUAAGAAUAAGGUCAGAGGCAGAGAGCACCCGGCCAUCCUGCGCAUGAAAGCCCGGACGGUGAGGAUGAUGUUCGUGGUCGUGGUGGUGUUCGUGGCCUGUUGGACGCCCGUGCAGGUCGUCACCCUCGCCCGCAACGCCUUCGUGCAGGAGAAUGGUUCACUCAAGGAGAACCUGGCGGAGACGUAUGACACCCUGAUGUCCGUGUGCCAGUACAUGAUGUACAUCAACCCCUCAGUGAACCCCAUUGUUUACGCCCUCAUGCACCACAACUUCAAAAGGGCCCUCAGGGUGACCUUCACCUGCGUCUUCAAGAGAAAACCGUCGUUUGUGCUGACGCCUGGCCACGGCACCCAGAAGUACGUGUGGUCAGCCCGGUCAGGCAUCAGCAGGAAUCGUAACCCAGGGAGAUCGCCGCCCUUCCACCGCGUACGCCGCCAAGGCUUCAGGAAACCCGGCGAGACAGAGAGCCGGGUGCCCUAUCCUUCAGGUCACCUCUCCCUUCCUCCUGAGGGUAUCGCCAGUUCGAGGUCGGGAGAGCUGCGAGAGGUCGAGGAGGAGAGAAGAAGACCUGCUGAAGGCGACCGUGACGGAGAUCUGACGCCGAGGAAGCCUUCGCCGAGAGGGAGGAACUGUGACCUCUUUUUGGGUCAGCUCGUCACCCAGGUCAUCGAGGAGGAGAGCGGCAGCGACCUUGAUUCGGAGAGGACAAUGUGAGGCUAUGUUCGCAGGUCGAUCGCGAUGUUCUUAUAUUGAACCAGUGUUUUCAUGACAAUAAAGUGUUAAGCAUUAAAAAUGAAAGCCGAGGAUGAAAUGAGAUAAAAUAAUAAAAAACAGUGGAACAACAAAGUGACAAAGAAAAAGUCACCAAGAGAAAUGACAGUUCUGUAGGCAAAUAGGAGCUGAAGGCAGGGAGAGGAGAGGGAAGAAGGAGAAAUGCGAAAUGGUGAAGAAACCAAAGAGAGGAGAGGCGGUGAGUUAUCAAGAACAGCGACCCCGUAAUAGCAGUGAACAUAGAAAAAACUGCCGACAGUAGAGAAAGCAUUAUUUGCGACUAUAGACUGUCUUUGUUAAAUAUUCGGGUAUUUGUCGUUAGUAUUAGACACUGAUUUAAUGCGAACUCAAACCCUACGAUACACAGUUCACGAUAUUGUAAACUGAAUAUAUCUAGUAGAUACAGAAAAGAAACCGAUGAAUAUUCUGAAUAUUUAAAAUAGGAUUCAUCGUAAAGGGAAUUUUAUUCAAUAAUGAUUCGUAAAUCAGUGUGUUGUAUAGAGAUCAAAGUCGUGUAAAUAUGUAUAUAAAUAUGUGUGUUCCUGAUAUGCAAGUUGUAAUGAAACGUAUGUAUAUAUAUGUAAACAUUGUACUUAUUAUCUGAUGCACAGUAAUAAAUGUCACCUGUCAUAACAGUUAACUAUCG